AUGAGACCGACAGUUAGUGAAAAGUCGGGAAAGAAAAAUCAAAAGUCAUCCAAGCAAAAGGGAUCGACUAGCAGACCUUCUUCUCCAUCUCAAACUCCCUCUCCUUAUCCUUCUGCUUCUUCUUCUCCUUUGCCUGAAAAAGAAAAAUCAUCGAGUAAGCCGCGUACCGUUUCAUCUUCUGGCUCUUCCAAAAAUACAUUUUUGUUCAAAUUGGCUCAAUAUUUGAUUGUUAUCAUUUCUUUUUUGACCAGGUUUUGGAAACUUCAUAUUCCUAAUGAAGUUGUUUUUGAUGAAGUCCACUUUGGCAAGUUUGCAAGCUAUUACUUACAAGGAAAGUACUUUUUUGACCUUCAUCCUCCCUUCGCCAAGCUCGUCUUGGCCUUUGUAGCUUGGCUUGCUGGCUACGAUGGUCACUAUCUUUUUGACAACAUUGGUGAUAACUACAAAGAUUAUGGUGUUCCUUAUGUCGCUAUCCGUGCUUGGCCAGCUCUCUUAAGUUCUUUUGUUCCUCCUCUUGUCUUUUUGACCAUGAAGGAAUCUGGCUAUGAACUUUGGACUUGCUUGAUCUCUGCUUGUUUGGUUCUUUUUGAUAAUGCUCAUGUAACGGAAGGCCGUUUGAUUCUUUUGGAUGCUACCUUGAUAUUUUCCAUGAUCGCUGCCGUAUACUGUUACAUUCGCUUCUUCAAGCUUCGUCAUUCUCCCUUUUCCCGAGCUUGGUGGAGCUGGCUCUUCCUUACUGGUGUAUGCCUUUCUUGUACUAUAAGCACAAAAUACGUUGGAUUGUUUACCUUUUUGUCCAUAGGCUUAAGCGUGUGCUUGGAGCUGUGGUAUCUUUGGGAUAUUAAAACCGGUCUUCCCAUACACCGAUUUGCUAGCCAUUUCUUGGCACGCUUUUUUUGCUUGAUUGUAUUUCCUUUUGCUCUUUAUCUCUUUUGGUUCUUUUUGCAUUUUCAACUCUUGACAACUAGCGGUCCUGGUGACUCUUUUAUGUCUUUACAAUUUCAGGAAACUCUUGAUGAAAACCCAAUUUCUGCUAAUGCCACUGGUGUUAAUUACUACGACGUUGUUACAAUCAAGCAUAUGGGAACAAAUGCAUUCCUUCAUUCUCAUCUUGACAGAUACCCUAUUCCUUAUGAUGACGGCCGUGUUUCUUCCGGCGGUCAGCAGGUCACUGGUUACCCCUUCGAAGAUGACAAUAACUACUGGAUGAUCUUGCCUCACGAUCACUAUGCUGAGUCAAAAUACAAGCCGAACAUGCCUGUAAAGAACACUGACUAUAUCAAGUUACACCAUGUAGGCACGAAUACGGACUUGGUCACCCAUGAUGUAGCUUCUCCUUAUAAUCCUACGAAUGAAGAGUUUACCACAGUUUCCGUAGAUGAAUCUGCAGACGAAAAACACGAACUUACUUUGUUCCAACUUUUGAUAAGUGAUGAAGUGUCCCAUGAUCGACAAAUUUUCACCAAGGCUAUGAGCUUUAAGCUAAUUCAUAAGCUUACUAAUGUAGCUAUGUGGUCUGAUCCUAAGCCGCUUCCUGACUGGGGAUUUAGCCAGCAGGAAAUAAACGGUGCUAAAAAUAUCCUAUCUGGUCCUAUUUUUUGGAUGUUCGAUGAUAUCGUCGGCUUACCCGAAGAGAGAGUCAACAAAGAAAGACGCGUACCUAAGAAGCUUUCUUUCUUCAAAAAGUAUAUUGAGCUUCAACUUGUCAUGUUCCGUCAAAAUAAUCUGUUAACAGAAUCUCAUCCUUAUAGCUCUACUCCUUCAGAUUGGUUCACACUCCAUCAUGGCAUUGCCUUCUGGGCAAAGAAUGAAGAGAAUAAGCAAAUUUACCUUCUUGGAAAUCCCAUUGGUUGGUGGUUAAUCGGUGGUAUUGUCAUAACUACUACUGUAGUUGCAAGCGCAGAGAUGCUGUUGCACCAACGUGGAAUAGUUACGUUGCUUCCCAGCGUUCGCAAUCAUUUCUAUCGCUCGAUAAUGUUCUUUUACGCCACGUAUAUGUUCCAUUACAUUCCUUUUUAUCUUAUGGGACGGCAAUUGUUUUUGCAUCACUACUUACCUGCCCAGGUUGCGGGUGCUAUGUUAUGUGGUGCUUUUAUUCAAUUAGCUUGCAUGAAAUCUUUCAGACUACCAAUAUCACCAGGAGUUCAGCAGCCAGCGGAUGUUGACAGCCAUGGUUAUGCCAAGUCUGUUAGGAGAAAGGGUUAUAUUUUCCAGGCUCUGUUCUCUCUUGUUCUAGCCGCUAUCCUUGGCUAUUGUUUUAUUUUCUUCGCCCCUAUGACCUAUGGUGAUGUUAGUUUAAGUGUCCCUGAAUGGCUUCGUCGUAAAUGGCUUGAGAGCUGGGUUUUCCAGUAUCAAAAAUAA